GUCCCGAUAUCGACGCCAGCCCAUCGUCCACCAUCAAUCCGACAAAACACCGUCAAGAUGGUUGCCGCCAAGAAGCACGUCCCGAUCGUCAAGAAGCGCACGAAGCGCUUCACCCGCCACCAGAGUGACCGGUUCAUGCGGGUGGACUCGGCCUGGCGCAAGCCUAAGGGUAUCGACAACAGAGUCCGCAGACGGUUCAAGAGCAACCUUGCUAUGCCCUCGAUCGGCUAUGGCUCCAACAAGAAGACCCGCCACAUGAUGCCCUCCGGCCACAAGGCCUUCCUCGUCAGCAACGUCCGUGACGUCGAGCUCCUCCUCAUGCACAACAAGACCUAUGCUGCCGAGAUCGCCCACAACGUCUCCUCCAGAAAGCGCAUCGAGAUCAUUGCCAGAGCCAAGCAAUUAUCCGUCAAGGUCACCAACGCCAAGGCCAAGGUCACCACCGAGGUCUAA